GACGGAACGGGAAGAGGCGGAGUCUGCAGCUCGAACACGGAAGAGAAGAAGACAGCAGGUCGUGACCGAGCUCCGGGGACUCAUGGGCUCCACAGCAGUCGCUCCGUGCGCUGAAAGAUGCUCAUCACGCUGUGCUACAUCUACCUGUGGCUGCGCUUCCAGAGACACUACACGGCCGUGAUCCGCACCGCUGAAGCUCUGAGGAUUCCUCACAAUGACCGAACACUAUGUCUGUGUGUGUGUAUGUAUGUGUGUAUGUAUGUGUGUGAUCUGCAGGCGUGUGUUGACCUUAGUAAGUGGACACUGUUGGGCUCUUCGCUAAUUUGUGGUCGGCGGCUAGAAAGCAUCGCCUUCAUCAUAGAGGCCACAUCAAGACAGAAAGUUCCAGCGUCUCCAUACAGAACCAACGAGAAAGUGCUGAACUGGUCUGAUUACUGUCUGCCGUUGGCGCACAGUCCAGGACAGCCGUACCGGGCCGUCGCUGAAGCCAGCCUGGAGAAUUUCAGCCGCCUCGGUGUGGCUUUUAUGGAAGAUCGUCUGCACAUGGGCAAUGGGCUCAUACCUGAAAAGAUAGUUUCCGUUUUACUCAGAGAGACGGCGCUCAGAGAGCUGUUCGAACAGCAGCAGGACGGCAGGAGGAUCGAGGCCGAGCGUCACAGCGAGCCGACGGAGCCACGAGACUCUCCACAGCCUCCCAGAAAGAGCAGCCUUCAUCUGGAGCAGCAGCACAUGGACGGACACCACCUGCAUCUCUCCAGCUGCCACGAGUGUCUGGAGCUGGAGAACAGCACCAUCCUGUCUGUGAAGUGCGCCUCCGCGGAGAACAUUCCGGAUCUGCCCGACGACGAGGAGGAGAGCGGGAGGAGGAACGCCAGCGGGAAGCCACCCAACCUGCUGGUGUUCACAGGCGGCUGCGAAGAGCAGUUCCAGAAGAUCCGCUCGCUCCUGGAGGAGUGUGUGGACACGGAGCGCUACGCCAUCUACCACCUGCGGCCGCAGCAGGCCCUGAGCGAGCCCUGGCUGGAGAACACGCUGCUGCUGGUGCUGGCCACUGAUGAGACGCUCACGCCACAGCUGCAGCUGCGCUUCCUGUCCUACCUGAGCCACGGCGGGAAGCUCCUGGGCCUGUCGUCCUCACUGUGUCCCGCCGGACUCACGCUGCAGCCCAGAGACGCACAGAACGACCGCAUCUGCAGCCUGACCUUCAGCAGAUCGGACAGCACGGAGCUGCAGCUGAGCGUGUUGUCCAGCGGGAGUGUGUACGAGCGAGACGGAGCCGGCGGAGGAGAGGUGGAGCUCUGGGGCCAGAUCAGCGCGCGGGACGAGCCGGAGAUGGCCAUCGUGCGCGUGACUCACGGAGAGGACAGCGGAGAGGCCAUCCUGUGUCAGGUGCGUUUGGAGACGGCUCCGGAUGCUCAUGAUGCUCAAGGCUCCGCCGGCUUCUCAGAGCUGAAGAUGAGCAACGGCCGGCGCUACGAGGUUCUGACGGAGAUCCUGACGUCUCUGGGUCUGAGCUGUGAGCUGAGUCAGGUGCCUCCACACAGCCCCAUCUACCUGCUCAGCACAGACACGGAGCAGACGGGCAGCUUUCUGCGCUGGCUACAGGAACAGGCGGGUGGUUCGGGUGGAGUUCUGCGGAGUGCGGCUGGAGUGCUGAAGGUGGUGUGGGCUGGAGACGAGCCUCCGGAUCUGUGUGAGGGUGAGCAAGUGUUACACACCGAGCCGCCCCAGAGUUUCUCUGAGCACUUCAGCCUGCAGAUGUACAGACAGCACCUGCAGACGCAGCGGCUCGGACGGACUGUCCUGUAUGCAGACGUCACCUCCAGCACCAUGAGCAUGCUAGACGGGCUGAUGUCGCAGUCGCCACAGGAAACAGGGUUAAUCGCCAUAGCAGCACGUCAGACACAGGGCAAAGGCCGCGGGGGGAAUGCCUGGCUGAGUCCGCUGGGAUGCGCCAUGUUCACUCUCCACCUGCAGCUUUCUGUGGACUCACGGCUCGGACAGAGGAUCCCCUUCCUGCAGCACCUCGCCGCCCUCGCCGUGGUGGAGUCUGUGCGCACGCUGCCCGGAUACGAGGACGUGGACCUGCGGCUGAAGUGGCCCAAUGACAUCUACUACAGUAACCUGAUGAAGCUCGGCGGGGUUCUGGUCAACUCCACCGUCACGGGGCGAACCUUCAGCCUUCUGAUCGGCUGUGGGUUCAACGUGAGCAACAGCAACCCGACCGUCUGCAUCAACGACCUGGUGCUGCAGCAGAACCGGGAGCACGGCCUCGGCCUGGACGUGCUCGCUUCGGAUCAGCUGAUCGCGCGGUCGGUCACGCUGCUGGAGCGCUUCGUGUCGGACUUCCAGCUGCGCGGCCCGCAGGCGCUGCUGCAGCUCUACUACAGCAGAUGGGUGCACAGCGGCACACGCGUGCGUCUCUGGAGCGAGGACGGGCCCGAGGCACAGGUGCUGGGUCUGGAUGAGAACGGCUUCCUGCAGGUGAGGACGGGAGAUCAGGUCGUGUCUGUGCAGCCCGACGGAAACUCCUUCGACAUGCUGAGGAACCUGGUGGUGACCAAAACACGCUGAAGACCUCCAGAACACGUCGUCUCAGCUGGCAGCAACUACACAGAAAACUUGCUCAGCCAUCAUUUAAUACGAAUUCAUUUAGCAGAAAUGUCUAUCUCUUUCUGAAUUGUUUUAACUCAUUUCAGCGCCUGUCUGCAACCCGUUCUGCUUCAGCUGUGUGAUGCUUUUCAGAGUCCAGCAGGAGAUUCGACAACACAAAUGUGAAUCUUGAGAAGUGUGUGUGGUGUUUGCUGUAGAAUAACAUGCACCAGUCAAUCUCUCGUUAGAUAAAUAGGCCAUUUUGAUUUCACUUUACUGUUAAACGUGUGCAGACCGACAGCAGGGACGUUUAUGGGCUUUAAUAUGAGCAAUAUUUCUUUUAAGUCUCGUUCAGUGUUUGGUGUAAUGGAUCAGAGUGAUUACUGGGGAAAAGCACAUGCUCAUAUGCCUCUCAAAAAUAUUAAUUUGAAAUCAUUAAGUGGAAAAAUGUUUCUGUGAUUCUUCCCAUUAACACACUGCUUUUACAGUAAAGGCUGAUGAUUGCCUUUUCCCGUGAACUGAUGAGUUAGUUUAGAGAGGUAAUUAGUGAUCUGUAGUGGAUUACUAUCUAUUAACCCAACACUAGCCAGUAAACUGAAGAGGUUUAUGUGGAAAUCCGACUGACGCUCGUUAAAACUUGUGCUUUUGUCUGUAAUUCUCGUUUGGUUGCACGCUCGCUUUUGAGGUGAUUUUGUAUAUUCAUAUCGCAUCAAGUAAUCAGCAUCACUAAAUAUUUUGUAAUGAUUCAUGGUUUGUAAACAGAUACAGAUGAUCCCUUUUAAAGAAGACAUUCCCGAGUUGUAUAAAAUGAAAUAAAAUGAUUGUGACUAAU